UCGGAAUUUCCGAGUGAUAAUCGAACGCACCAUUAACAUUCGGCCGAAGUUUUACUCGCACAGUAAGGGAUCACACUAACUGACUGUUGCCGUAGUGCAUCCUUUUUACUUAUUUACAUCCAUACUUCGUAGCGUAUGGAUGCAGCCCAAUCUUCGCUACAAGACCGGAAGUUUACUUUGUGGUGUAUCACGGGAAAUAGUUUUUUUGCGUACGUGGUGUAUCAAGGGAUACAUUUAUUUAGGAGCGCGCUGUAGGCCAGAAGCUGUGGCGGCAUAUCUGAAAUCCUUCUGGGAUCUGUCAUUAUUGUACCGUCACAGAGUGAAGUAUGAGUUCCAGAAAGCGUGCCAUGUACAGCCCGGCGCUGGAAGUGCGCUUUGUAGGGGAUGCCGAUGUCUUGGAGCACAUAAUCGAUAAGCAGGAAGGUGUUCAGUUGACAAAAAGCUCAGUUCAGACUUUGAUAUCCCUGAAAAACUGCAAAGGACAGCUCGAUAAGGUUCUUGUAGAACAAGAAGAUGAACAGGAGAUCUUCAAUGAAGAAGAAUACAUAAAAGUCCUAGGUACAGAGGCUGCAGGGGCAGGUGAAAGUACAGCUAGCCCAGGAGGGUCUUUUGUGUUCACAUUUCAAACCAUCAAGCGUCCACACAAGAUGGCUCAGAUUGCAUCAGAGUGGGCACAUGUAGCAAAGACGGUCUCUUCCCCAAAGGACCACACCAGCCCAUCCAUAGGUCCGACCAGUGAAAGAAAAACCCCUUCAAAGGGAAGGCAGGUACAGUUUACAUCAAGCACCCCACGUAGACUAAGAAAGCUGCUGUCAGCUCCAAACCUGAAGUCAGACACCGACAGUGAUUUCUCUGCCUCCAAUUCGGAGGAGGAAGAAGACGAAGAGGGUGUGGACCAGGCUGUGGUAACAGACCUGGAGGUAAAAACCCCUAGCAAAUUGGUGGCUGGAGCUUUGUACAAGACACCAGUGAAGAAGUCCAAGAAAGGUCUGGAGUCCAGUCUUGUGGGGGAAUACUUUGAAGCUCACAGGAGUUCCAAGGUCAUGACCUCUGACAGAACCCUUCAGAGACUUCAAUCACCUAUGCUGGACCAGGAAACUUUGUAUAGACUUCUGGAUGGGAAACCUCCUUACUCUGAUGAAAUCCAGCAGCUGAACAAGGAGCAUGAAAACCAGUUCAGCAAGUGGAUUCUGCAGUUACAGUUGGGCUUCAAUCUGCUAUUCUAUGGACUGGGAUCAAAGAAACUGCUGCUGGAAACCUUCCGAACCACCAUGUUACAAGACACGACUCACCUGGUGGUCAAUGGUUUUUUUCCAAGCAUUACGCUCAAGUCGAUCUUAGGCUCCAUCACAGAGGAGCUGCUGGAGCACCAGGGAAGCUUCCGCAGUGUUAUGGAACAGAUGGACUUCAUUGUACAAUCCUUGAGGCAAGAGCCCACUUUGCGGAUCUACCUCAUCAUCCACAAUAUCGAUGGGCCAAUGUUGCGGGCUGAGAAGACCCAGCAGGCACUGGGGCAGCUUGCCUCACUUCCCAACAUGCACCUCUUAGCAUCUAUUGACCACAUCAAUGGCCCACUUGUCUGGGAUCAAUCCAAGAUGAGCCUUUUCAAUUGGCUGUGGUAUGAGACGACCACUUUUUUGCCGUAUGUUGAGGAGACGUCCUAUGAGAACUCGCUUCUGGUGCAGCAGUCUGGAGUGCUGGCUCUUAGCUCACUCACGCAUGUUCUGCGCAGCCUGACUCCUAAUGCAAGAGGAAUAUUCAGAUUGCUAGCAGGGUUUCAGCUGGAGAACAAGAAUAACCCAUCUUAUACAGGGUUGUCUUUCCAAGAUUUUUACCAACGUUGUCGUGAAGCAUUCUUAGUAAAUAGUGACAUCACCCUGAGAACUCAACUGACAGAAUUUAGGGAUCACAAACUAAUUCGCACUAAAAAAGGUGCUGAUGGUGUGGAAUACCUGCUUAUCCCUGUGGACAGUGGAACUCUGACUGACUUCUUAGAGAAAGAGGAUGCAGAUUAAACACAAAGAGGCUGCCUGGCUUAUAUCUUCUAUCAAGGUUUACAAGCCCUGGGGUGCAGCACGUAUAUGUCAGAGAUUUGCACAAACCCUGUGUAGCUACUUUCAUGUAGUCAAUAUAUAUUUUCCAGAAUAUCUCAGUGCAAAUUCACAUAUGAACUUUUUUUUGUGAAAUAACAUAAGUUAAUGAAUUUUGUAGUUUGUAUAGAUGUAUGCAGAAAUACCACAUAUUUGACAGUGGUGUAUUUAUAUGAACAUCUGAAAAUUAUAGAAUAAAUAACUUGGCACACUGUG